AUGGCGCGAAGUGGCGUCAACUGGCCUGGCCUCUAUCGCUGGUCCAUGGAGUACCACGAUGGAACGGUGCCUCGGCGUAUGUCCAAGGAGGACUGCGAUUUCCUGCAAAACGCCAUUCGCGAGGCGAUGAACCACCAGGAAGAUCCUGCAAAAGUUCUCACGGAGCAGCUGGCCGUGAUCGACGGCUUCAAUCAAGGAAAUCCAAACAUCAGGCCUCGCAACCUCGUCGCAGCCCUUUCAGUCAUCGAACGCCUGAUCGACGACUACUCCGAACUCGCACGAGAUUUCGAAAAACUAGGCGCCCUCCAACCCUGUUUGCGCCUCCUCGCAACUUGCUCCACAGCCGCGCAAGCGCACGAAACGCAUCACGAACGCCCUCCCGUGACAAGUGAAGAAGACGAUGCAGCACUCGCUGCAACAGUUGUCAACACAGCUCUCACAAUUCUCUCCCUCAUCGUCGCAAACAACCCGCAAAUACAAGAAGCGGUUUAUAAACAACAAGGUUUGGCCCUUUUGAUGAAUUUGGUGAAAGAAGCACCAGCGAACUCGUCUCUGCGGGUGAAAGCUCUCACGGCACUGGCGUGCGAGGUGCGGCACCAUCGGCAGUCGGAGCUGGCGUUUGUCAAUGCAGGCGGCUUGGCUAUUCUUGUGCAUGCAAUGCACUCGCGUGACGAGAAGUACCAAGAGAAGGCAGCGUCGCUUACACGCCACCUGCUGCAGGAACAGCUUCUCGGCUACGCUCAAGUGGAGAAGUUUGAUCUCCCCGGAGCUGUCGGCGCCUUGCUCGAACACACGCCCUUCACCAAUAUUCAGUUCAGUGAGACCGUCGUUCAGCUGGCGAUUGCUCUUCUUCAGCAACACCGCGUGGCCAUGGCGAAAGCGCCUGUCCUGGCGGGUCUUCGACAGACGCUGUUGGAUCGACAGCGGCAUCUGGUGGAGAUGCUCCGAGAGAUGGAGAAGAGAGGAAAUAGCGACGAGUUGUUGCCUGACGACUUUGCCACGCAAUCGUCCCUACUUGAAGAGGCCAUCUCCAUAGCCAAGUUCCCGGGAAUGAAGCCCUCGGAGGCAGCCUCGACGUCAGGACAGAACACUCGGCAGGGAGGUGUACCGACAGCGCAUCACGCCAAGAUGCUGGGGAUUUAG